AUGAAAGAUUUGUAUGUCUACCUCGCAAAUCUUAUUGCUCUAACACUAUUUAUUGUUGUGUUGUCUAAAAGCGAAUGGCCAUGUGGUUUAUUAUUGAGCGAAAUCUGUCUUCGAUUUAAACCAGUUUUGCCAACUGUUGCCGGUAUGAUGAUAACUAGUUUCAUCUUCCUCCUUGCGUCAACCAUCGUUGGAAUAGUGCUGCUUUUCAACAAAAACGAGGACAGAAAACGACAUUUGCAUAUUGCAGGUUGUGUAUCUUCUGGCCUAGCCGCGGUGUUUGCUCUAAUCGGUAUGUGGUGGUAUUACUACAAAUUUAUGCCCAACUUCUGGUGCCAGGAGGCCGGUUUCUUCAUAGCAGGCAUGCUCACAGCAAUUGGGAUCGUUCAAUUUUCCUUCGAUUACCCUUAA